AUGGCGCCGCCCGGACCCCCACCGUACACAAUAGACCAGAUCAAUGCAAUGAGCACCAAAGAAGAACGACUGCGGGCGCGCGCAGAAUUGAACAGCUAUAUUGCGCGCAUGAAGAAAGAGCAGCAGGAUCGACUUGCGUACGCUUCCAGUGGCGGCGCAGCACCAGCAUACAACAACCACACGACAGCCUAUGCCCCUCGAGGCCGUGGAGCUUACAAAGGCGCGUAUCGAGGAGGACCACAGCGCGGAGGGUACGCUCAUGGUGCUGCUUCCUACCAUCCGUAUCAACGCCCUCAGCCACCUCAUGGCGCAGCCACAUUCAAGAACCGGACCGUUGUGUUCAACAAGCCAGACGCAUCUGACGAGGCAUCCAGCGUGGAAAGCACGUCGACUCCCGGUUCAGCACCUCCGUCGAAUGCCCACUCGAGACAGAACAGCCAACCACCAGCAGAACCGAAAGCCCUCUGUGCAACAUUCACCUCCACAGGUUUGUGUACCCGCCAUGGCUGUCCUCUCGUCCACGACCCAAACAAGCAGGCGCUCUGCAAGCGUUGGCUCUUCAAGAACGACUGCAACCGAGGCGACCACUGCUCUCUCUCACACAAGCCCACCCCCCACAACGUCCCAACGUGUCUUCAUUUCCAGGAAGGACGAUGCACAAAUGAGGACUGCCGGUUUGCUCACAUUCGUGUCAACCCAGCCGCUCGAAUUUGCGAUGCAUUUGGGCGGCUAGGCUACUGCGAGAAGGGCGCUGAGUGCGCCGAUCUGCACGCAUACGAGUGUCCCGACUUUGCAAACAAGGGCGAGUGCAUUCGAGGCGACAAUUGCCCACAUCGGCAUGUUCUCCGUGCAUCUCGAAUGAGGAGGUCUACGGGUCGUUCUUCUCCAGAAGAUCGAUCCAGGGCCACUUCUCCAGAGAGCGGGAACAACGUCGACACGCAAGACUGGACCGCACAACUCAACCAAGAGGCUUCUCCGGCACCCCGUCUAUUCACACAACAGGUCGAUUUCGUUCCCUUUGAUGCAGAGGAUUAG